UUUACAAGCACAGCGAAAGCGGCAGCUGUUUGCCUUGGCGGGGCCAGGGGGUUGGCGGGCAUCAGGGGAGAAGGGUACAUUUGCAGGAUUGCUGAGGCCCUCCCCCAGCUGGAGGCCACCAGCCUGUAACUACGGGAACCCCAGGAAAACAGAGGACUCUGGAGGCCACAGGCACAAUGCUUCGGGUCCUGGUGGGGGCUGUCCUCCCUGCCAUGCUGCUGGCCGCCCCGCCGCCUAUCAACAAGCUGGCACUGUUCCCGGACAAGAGUGCCUGGUGUGAGGCCAAGAACAUCACCCAGAUCGUGGGCCACAGCGGCUGUGAGGCCAAGUCUAUCCAGAACAGGGCGUGCCUAGGACAGUGCUUCAGCUACAGCGUCCCCAACACCUUCCCGCAGUCCACAGAGUCCCUGGUGCACUGUGACUCCUGUAUGCCGGCCCAGUCCAUGUGGGAGAUUGUGACCUUGGAGUGCCCCGGCCAUGAGGAGGUGCCCCGGGUGGACAAGCUGGUGGAGAAGAUCCUGCACUGCAGCUGCCAGGCGUGCGGCAAGGAGCCCAGCCACGAGGGCCUGAGUGUCUACAUGCAGGGCGAGGACGGGCCAGGCACCCAGCCUGGCACCCACCCACACCACCACCCUCACCCCCAUCCUGGUGGGCAGACCCCUGAGCCCGAGGAUCCUCCGGGGGUCCCCCAUACUGAGGAAGAGGGGGCUGAGGACUAAGGCCUCCAACUCUUCCUCCCCUCUCAUCCCCCUGUGGAAUAUUGGGUCUCACCCUCUGGGGAAGAGUGGGGGGGAGGCUGAAGCCUCCCUGUGGCACCAGAUGGACUUGGAUUCAGACUUGGACUUGGAAUGUUACCCGGUUGCCAUGGAGAUCUGAAGGGGAGGGUUUGGAGCCAAGCUGCACAUUUUAAUGUAUUCAAGAGUGGGGGGAGGAAGCAGAGGUCUUCAGAGUUCUUUAUUGGAGGGGGCGCCUCUUCCUUUCUGCCUCCUAGAGAUAUGCCCUUGGGAGGGGGUGGAAGUUGGCAAAGCUGCUGAGGUGAAGGUGAGGCCAUCCAAGUUGGGGGGAGGUGCCAGGCCAAGACCCCACUGCCUCUGGGUGGGGCAGGGCCCCUGGGGGUGCAGAUGAUGGAGCUGGGUCCUGGAGUGGAGGGUGGGCACACUGCCAGCAGCAGCCUUAAGGGGAGUCUGGGUCCAGGCUAGGAAGACCGUUGGCAGAAGCAGGAAGCUCCAGUGCCACAGGUUUCCCAAAGGGCUCCCCUCCCCAUCCCAGGGAAGCUUCUCUCCAGUGACACUGAAGUGGAGUGGUUUGGGAGUCAGGCCUGGGCAGGACCCUGUCGACUCUUUGGCUCGAGCUGGGAGCCAGGCUCCCUGGGCCUCUCCGUGGCUUCCUUGACUUGCCUGUGGUCAGGAAUGAUGGGAGGUGGGGGAAAGGAGAGGCCUUUCUGGGCCGAGGGAGGGGGAAUGAGCCCCAAUCCAUCACCAGUGAAGAACAUCUUUCCCUCCUCUCCCUCUUAGAGAUCUUAGCUCCUUCCUCUGUACCCCAAGUUCUAGGCCCUUAGAAAGCUGAUGGAGCCAGCCCCACUCUCUUGGGGGAGCUAUUUCUAAAUAUCUGAUGGGGGAGGAGGGGGAGGUCCCCUUACCCAGAGGUUCCAAGGAGGAGCUUUGCCUGCCAUCCUGGGUGGGCAGACUCAAGAAACCCCCAGGGAAAAGGAGGAAAGAGGGCUUUUUAGGGUGGCCACUUGGGGCUCUCUCUGGUGCCCUACUUCCACCUGCCCCUCCCCUCAGCUGCACUUUAACCCUAGAGGGGGUGCAGGGACCUGGGGGAAGGGCAGGCUGGCCUGGAAGACAGCCCCUCAGUACCCGGUACCCGGAACUGCUUGUGUCUGCUCUUCUGUUCCCAAGGUGGCCGCCAGACUCCCCAAGUCCCCUGCCUAGGGGUGCUCUGGCCCUCACGGCUUUUACGACAAGAGCUUCUGGAGCUUGUAAGCAGUAGAUUGUCUCUUGGACUGACCCUGAGUCUUCUUAUGAAUAAAUUCCUUCAGU